UUCUUGGAUGUUUCAGGAUGUAAGGUAGAAAUUCCGAUUUAUUUGAAGUAUUUUUCGGUUGAGGGAGGCAAUGAGGAGUCGAAAAAGUUGCCGAUAUCCAAUCCGAGGGUGUUUGUGUUGGUUGAGGAGGGAGGAGAGGUUGGUAUAGUGGAGGAGUUUGUAGGUAAAGAGGGGAAUGCGUGUUAUUGGGCGAAUCCGGUUUUGGAGGUGGUGAUUGGAGGAGGAGGGAAAGUUAGACAUUCUUAUGUCCAGAGUCAGUCUUUGAGAGCUGCUCAUAUCAAGUGGACUACAGUGAGGCAGGAAUCAUCCAGUACUUAUGAGCUUGUAGAGGUAAGCACUGGUGGAAAAUUGAGCAGGCACAAUGUCCAUGUUCAACAACUUGGCCCAGAAACGGUAACAGAGGUGUCCACAUUUCAUUUGUCUGUCACUGAGCAAACACAAGAUUUACAUAGUAGCCUAGUCUUUGAUUAUCCUCGAGGUUAUUCUCGACAACUUCACAAGUGUAUUGUGGCCCAUCCGCAAGGACAAGCGGUUUUCGAUGGAAACGUAAAGGUCAACAGAUACGCACAACAAACAGAUGCUGGACAACUAACGAGGAGUCUCCUCCUUGAACCUCGUGCAACCGUAAAUGUAAAACCCAAUCUCCAGAUUAUUGCUGAUGAUGUGAAGUGCUCCCAUGGAGCUGCUAUAAGUGACCUAGAAGAAAGCCAACUCUUCUACUUUCAAGCACGUGGUAUUGACUUAAAAACAGCUAGAAAAGCUCUUGUCUUUUCCUUUGGAGCUGAGGUGAUUGGACGUUUUCCUUACCCGUCUGUUCGAAAACAAGCUGAGAGCCAUGUCAAACAACUACUGGAAACCGUAUAUGAUAGUUCCUCAUAGCGAGGGGUCAUAGAUGGUAUAUAUAUUCAAUUUUGUUGUGUAAUACUUUGUCAUUGUUCAACUGAAUAAUAGUUGUUAUUAGUUACACAAUUCAGUCAAACUGAAUUGCCCCAUUUUGGUUCCCAUGCAAAUAUAGAAAAUGGAAGAGAUUAGGAAUUGUCGGAAUAUGAAAUCGAAAAUGGUUUAUAUGUA